AAGACGAAGCAGAUCCCGCGCGUCGUCCCGCCGCAGAAGUGGUACAGCCACGCGGUCUUCGCCGUCGCCUUCGGCGGCGUGCUGCCCUUCGGCGCGGUCUGCAUCGAGCUCUUCUUCAUCAUGUCCGCGCUCUGGCUCCACCAGAUCUACUACGUCUUCGGCUUCCUCGUCGCCGUGCUCCUCAUCCUCACGGCGACGUGCGCGGAGAUGGCCAUCGUCCUCGCGUACUUCCAGCUCCGCAACGAGGACUACCGCUGGUGGUGGCGCUCCUUCCUCUGCUCGGGCUCCGCCGCGGCCUGCCUCUUCCUCUACUCCGUCUGGUACUUCGACGCGAAGCUCGACAUCUCCGGCGGCCUGCCGAGCCUCGUCUACUUCGGCUACAUGGCGCUCGCGUCGUUCACGUUCUUCCUCCUCUGCGGCGCCAUCGGCUUCUUCGCCGCGCUCUGGUUUAACCUCCAGAUCUACGCCGCCAUCAAGGUCGACUGA